AUUUGUCUGACUUUAGCUUGUUGGAACAAGCUUCUCUGACACUUCCACACAUUCCUCGUACUCAGACGGUCUUGGCCUCAGUUCGGGGGUCGGUUAAGGCACCCAGUUUCUUUUAUCAGCCAAAAAAACAAGCCGACGAACCUCCGAAGGCGAACCGAGCCGGACUCCCUGUGACCCGCACACCUCGCUCCGUUCGCUGCGUGCGGCUCGGAGGCUUCAGCUGGAAGCAGGGGACCUGGUUCAUGUAACGCGUUACAAGACUUGUUCCUCCAGCAGCUCCGGUCGGGAAGACCGAGAGAUUUUCAGCCUCCUGAAAGCGACGCUGUUUGGUGGCGCAACGCCACAGGGGGAGUCUCGGUAACCAACAGGGGUGGACCGGGGUAGCGUCCUAUCUGGGUCGGUGUUUUCCUGGGUGAAGCCGCGGGGAUCUCCAGCAGCGGCCAUGGCCGGGGGACGGACAGCUGUCGGGCUGCUCGUCCUGGUGUGUGUGAGCGUCCACCGCCAGGUUGCCUCCUUCAACCUGGACGUGGAUAAACCCUUCGUCUACACGGGACCCGAGGGAAGCUACUUCGGCUUCUCGGUGGACUUCUUUAAAUCCGCAACCAACCAAAACUCCGACGUCCUCAUCGGAGCGCCCCGAGACAACACAUCGUCCAGCAGCACCGUGGUGGAGAGGGGAGCUGUGUACAGUUGUCCCUGGAAGAACUCCGCCAGCUGCCGGCAGCUGCUGUUCGACGACACAGAUAACCGAUUUAAAGAUGGCAAUCAGAUCGAGUUUAAGUCCAAGCAGUGGUUUGGUGCCUCAGUGCGAUCUGACGGAGAACACAUCCUGGCCUGCGCUCCCCUCUACCAGUGGUCCACCUUCGGCUUCAGCGAGAGGGAGCCUGUGGGAACGUGUUACCUGAAGAAAGGAGACACAGUGGUGGAAUACUCACCCUGCAGAUCCAGUUCCCACACUCCAGAAGGACAGGGUUUCUGCCAGGCUGGCUUCAGUGCAGACUUUGUUAAGAAAAGUAACAGAGUUGUGGUGGGAGGACCAGGCAGCUUCUACUGGCAAGGCCAGUUGAUUUCAGACAACGUCGACGAGAUUUUAAAACGCUUCAACAACGACUACAUCGCGCCGUACGGAACCACACUUUCCACCAAACCAGCCGGUGCCCAGUAUGACGACAGCUACCUCGGAUACUCUGUGACGGUCGGGGAUUUCAACGAGGAUGGGAAGGAAGAUUAUGUGACUGGAGUGCCGAGGGGGGACAAGGCACUGGGUUAUGUGAACAUCUUCAAUGGAGCCAACAUGGAGUCCAUGAUCAACUUCACCGGCUCGCAGUUGGCUGCCUACUUUGGAUAUUCAGUAGCUGCCUCUGAUGUUAACAGCGAUGGGUUUGUGGACGUGUUGAUUGGAGCUCCCCUCUUCAUGGACCGAGGCUCGGACGGGAAACUGAGGGAGGUGGGACAGGUGUCCGUUUACCUGAGCCGAGGCGGCUUCUCCUUUCAGCCGCCGCAGCUGCUGACUGGAGCGGAGGUUUACGCCAGAUACGGCUCGGCCAUCGCAGCGCUGGGGGACCUGGACAGGGACGGGUACAAAGACGUGGCCAUCUCUGCUCCCUACGGAGGCCCGAACCACAACGGCCUGGUCUACAUCCACAACGGCCACGCCUCGGGGAUCGACUCCACAGCCUCUCAGGUCCUGCAGGGUAAAUGGGCGUCCAGCUACAUGCCUGCUAGCUUUGGCUAUUCCAUGACAGGAAGUACAGACAUAGACCAGAACGGAUACCCAGAUUUGGUAGUUGGAGCAUUUGGAGCGGACAAAGCUGUUUUAUACAGAGCUCGUCCAGUGAUCAGUGUGAACGCUACAUUAGACAUAAGCCCCCAGAUCAUCAACCCAGAGGAGAAGAACUGCACCAUUCCUCAAACCAACACGAAGGUGUCAUGUUUUAAGGUGAAGUACUGUCUGGCAGCCGGCGGGUUUGGAGCUCCAUCCUCUCUGAGUUUUCGUGUGGACCUCACGCUGGAUCGCCUGAAGCAGAAGGAGGCGACCAAACGCGCCCUCUUCCUCCACAGUGCAACCUAUCAGUACUCUAAGAACAUGACGGUGAACAGCAACAGACGGCUGGCCUGCGAGGAGCAGGAAGUCUACUUAAGGGACGACCGCGAGUUUCGGGAUAAGAUCACUCCCAUCUCCGUGGCGAUGGAGUACAGUCUGGACUACAAGCUGGCUGCAGAUCAGACCGGACUGCUGCCCAUCGUCAACAUCUGGGCACCAACUAACGUCACCAAGCAGGCUCACAUUCUGCUGGAUUGCGGCGAAGACAACAUCUGCAAACCCGACCUCAAGCUGUCGGUGAAGAGCGACCGGCAGAAGAUCUACAUCGGCGACGACAACGCCCUCACCCUGAUGGUCACGGCUGAGAACAAGGGCGAGGGCGCCUACGAGGCCGAGCUGCACGUCUACCCGCCUCAGCAGGCCGACUUCACCGGGGUGGUCCGCAGUCAGACUCUGUCCAGGCUCUCCUGUGCUUACAAGAAGGAGAACGAGACCAAGAUGGUGGUGUGCGACCUGGGAAACCCCAUGAAGAAAGACACUACGAUCCUGGCGGAGUUGGGGUUCAGCGUACACCAGCUGUCGGAGGAGGACACCUCCAUCAAAUUCGACCUCCAGAUCGUCAGCUCUAACCAGUUUCAAAACACGAGUCCUCGAGUGUCCAGCGUCACGCAACUGGACAUCCUGGCUAAAGCCUCCAUCAGAGGGUCGUCGUCUCCCUCUCAGGUGCUGCUGCCCAUCGCCAACUGGAAGCCCAAAAACCCCCCGGUGCUGGGAGACGACAUCGGGCCGCAGAUUCUUCACGUUUACGAGCUGCUGAACAACGGGCCCAGUACGUUCAGCAAGGCGUCGCUGGAGGUGGAAUGGCCCUAUCACUUCAGGAACGGCUCUCUGCUCUACAUCACCAGCUUUGAGACCGAGGGACCCAUCAACUGCACCACGGACGUGGAGAUCAACCCACUCAACGUCUCUAACCCAGUGCCGACCCAGAAGAACACCAGCGACAUCAGAGAGAGAGAGAUGGAGGGAGGAAACCCAAGACGUGUGAGGAAGAGAGACCUGGAGGCCAAAGAGACGCAAAACGACUUGCAGAUACUGGACUGCAACACGGCCGAGUGUCUGAAGCUGAGGUGUCAGGUCGGUCGUCUGGAGAGGACCAAGAACGCCAUCCUGUUCAUCUACUCCAGACUGGACGUCAACAACUUCCUCAGGACUGAGAAUCAGAAUCGCUCCUACGUGGUUCGAUCGACGGCCUCGUUUGAGGUCAUCGAGAUGCCGUAUAAGAACCUGCAGACUGAGCUACCGGCAAACUCCACCACUGUCAGCGUGUCGGUGACGUGGGUGGCUGACACGGCCCCGCCGGUGCCGGGCUGGGUGGUCGCUCUGGCGGUACUCGCAGGACUGCUGCUGCUGGCUUUGCUCAUCUUCAUUAUGUACAAGCUGGGUUUCUUUAAGAGAGUGCGCCCCCCGCAGGUGGACUGCACCGAGAAGGAGCAGCUGCAGCCGGAGGAGAACGGGAACACUGACGCUUAGAGGCUACGAUUUUAAUACGGAGAGAGAGAGAGAGAGAGAAAGUUAAGGAGAGAAGAAAUCAGGGUAAACCAGCCUCAGAGAGAAUCACUGUAAAGACUGUUUGGGGGAGGGACAGGUAACUGUAUUUGUUUGGCUUUUUUUUUAUGUCUUUUUUUUUUUUUUAAUCAUGUUGCAUUCGUGCCAAAACAGAAGCUGGAAAACACUGGUCGCUGAUAAAAAAACAAAACCCUCAACGCUUCAAACCCGCUCGUUUUUAAAAGUUUAAGGAUCUUUUGGUCUCUUUGUGCGCCUUCACGUCCGCCGACACCGGAGCACUUUUACCUAACGACUCCCAUAAACCCGGCGUGGAACUGCGCUGCGGUGCGGCUCGCGCUCCAUCUCUGCGGUUCUCUGACAUUUAAAGCGACACGUACGAAGCCAGGCAGCCAGGUGUUGAGCUUUCUGUCAGGUUUUGGCCUUUCAACAGAUUUGCACAUUUCCUCUUUUCUUUUCUGUUUUUUUUUUUUUGUUUGUUUUUGCCUAGUCGCCACAUCGAACAGGCAACGAGCUGAUUGGUCUUGUCGGCCUUGAAGUCCAGAACUGCUGAUGCAUAAAGAAACGUGCAGCAGUUGAUGGAGGAAGUGCAACAGUAGAGCCAGUAUUAUUAACUGUAAGUACUGGAGUCACCUGAUUGAAUUAGGACCAACAGCAGCAAUAAAACAACAAUACGGAUUGAGAAAACUUUAGAUUCUUGAAUAUUUUUGGAUAAAGAUGAACUAUUUGCUCUGAGAGGAGACGAUCAGAGUGUCGCAGUAAUAUAUAUAUUUUUCUUCUUUGUUUUCUCUCCUGCUUUCUGUGGGUGUUUGGUAACAGACUGAAACUUUAGUAUGUUGAGUUCUGCUUUGGGAGUGUUUGGAGGGUUUUCUUGUGCGUUUAAAUGCAUUUUGUACAAAACAUUAAUGGUGAUUUACAAUAGUGGGUCCAGCUCUAUUUAACACAAUCAAGAAACUGUUUUCUUUGACCUUUGAUCACUUGGUUAAACCCCGGACCUGCGGAAUACGGUUUACAAUACAUCCUGACCCCUGGAGGCCAAUAUGUGUUACUACACUAGAAGUAUUUUCUUUUUUCAGCCUUUGUGUAGCUAAAAA